UUCGAAACUUCGAUGGAAUCGAACAUCAACUGUCACGCAGCGAAGCGUGACAGCGAAUCUUAGUCUGUUUUUCGUACCCGCCGGUAAUAGAUAAAGUAAAGUAGAACUUUCCAUUAGCCUAAUUUCUCCCCAACAACAUUAUUCUUCUGAUAUGAUUUCAACGACGAUUGAUACGUACUUGGAGACGUUGACUGGAUACAUAUUUGACGACGACAAAUUGGUAACGUACAAAUGGUUGAGCAAGGAGCUGGGACUCCACGUCAACUUGGCAAAGCAAAUAUUAUGGCAAUUUUGGAAGGAGCACGAAGAGCGAGAAAGAGUCCUGGCCACCUUUACUCUGAUCGGUUACCUGGUCGACGGUGUUCUACGAGUGGAGGUAGUCAAGGAAGAAGAUCUGGCAUCCGCGAAGCGAAAGUUUAAAAAGCUGACGGCGGAGCAUCUGUACAGUUUGCAAAGAGCGCUACCAGACGUGGAGUUGCUGGCUUUAACUGGGAACGGGGAUCAUCGACAGGGUGCAAUUGUUUGCAAAGAAAUAAUCGCCCGCAGCGGAGAAGAACUGAACGAGCUAAGAUGGGGCUGCAAAUUGUCGGGCAAAGUGUCUGAUGAAAAAUCGGCAAAGUUAGCUUCAACCAAGCCGGAUUCGAAGAAGGAGAAAAAUUUCUUCAGCAAAGUAACAAAAACACCACAGGCUUUUGACGCCUCGAAGAAAGAGGCGGCCAAAGACGUUGACAAUGUUGUCGCCGGUCGUGGCCGGAAACGUCAAGGUUCCGAUGAGCCCGAGAUGGGUGGUAAAAGACAGAGGCGGAAAUGUGAUCCAACUUCUAAUCCCAGCGGAGAGUCGAGCGUUAACGAGGACGAGGGUGAGGACGAAACGAUGCGUAAUUGUAUUCUGGAGGGUGAAACUCCCUCGGUAAAUGUUGGGAAUAAAGUAUCCCCGCCAAUGUAUAAGGUGGAAAAUGGUAAAACGAAGGUACGGAAGGUAGUUGACAAAACUUUUACCGAUGAAAACGGCUAUUUUGUUACGAAAAAGAAAUACGUCUACGAAAGUUCUUCAGACAAAGAAGAAGACCCCCCAAAAGUCGAAGCGCCGCAACCCAAAUCCGCAGCUCCGAAAGACAAUAAUCGUAAGCAAGCCAGCCUGUUGAAUUUCUUUAAAAAGCCUUAAAGCGCAAUCCCGACACCUCCCGAUAUGUAAAAUCUGAAUGCGCGAAUGUUUCGAACUACAUUCCUCCUAGCGAUUUGUAGAUACUGAUUACUGUAGCCCUGUUAACUUGUACAAUGUACAUAUUUAGGCGUGAAAAUUAUUACGAUAAAGACAUCAAUUUUAAUUAACAUACUGUAUACGUUAUAUAUACAUACAACAUAUGUUAUAGAUAUUUAUGUACUGUUAAUGUGAAUGUUAUCGGAUUUUAAAGCAAAGUUACAGUGCUACUGAAAUUUUAUUACCGUAUCAAGAUAUAGUAUGUAUAGAAAAUACAGCGAUCAAUAACUAUUAUCGUCUUUAUGUACAAGAUAUAAACCUUGUUGGUCUGUUAUAAGAUUGUAAUAAUACUUGAAAUAUGGAUUAAUCACGUGCAAUAUAGAAUUUGGUACAUCACGUUACCCCGCUGAAUUCGAUUUUUUAUUUAUAAACUUGAACCAUUGCUAAGUAACAAUGAUAAAUUGAGUGUUAUACACGCGAAAUCGCAAUUUAAACAUCUUCGGGUAUAAGUAAGUACAAAUGAAUAGCACGCCUCAAUUUACGUAGGUAGUCACGAAUCGUGAUAGAAUGCCAAACGAAUGUUACGGAAGACUA